AUGAUUGGCUGGCAAGCCCCGACCCAGGGGUGGGCUUGUUUAAACAUGGAUGGAUCAGUGAUGCUCAGUCAAGGAAGUGCAGCAGCGAGUGGAGUGCUCCGGAGUGAUGAAGGCCGCUUUGUGAGAUGUUUUAUGGUGAACCUUGGUGGUGGCUCAAUAACUCAUGCGGAAUUAGCUGGCAUCGACUAUGGCUUAAGACUGGCGUGUUCAGAUAGACUCGGCUGCAACCAUACGCUGGUAAACUCGAUCAAGCGGCAGCUGAAGCAGCAAUGGGAGGUUCAUAUCAUGCAUGUGUUCAGGGAAGGCAACUAUGUUGCUGAUUAA